GAACUCUUGCAUUAGUGAGCGCAGAGUAUUUUAGGCUCUUGAGUCGAUCGGUGUCAUUUUCAGUUUGAAGCGGAGAGUGCUCGCGUAAACAUGCUGUUCACUUGUGCGUUUGAUUAGAGAAAAAGUAUGUAGACUUACAAUUUAUCACCGAAAAUAAACGAUUUUAAGGAGGAUACAAACAUUCAUGUGUGUUCAAUGUAAGGUCGACACCUCCAGAAAAUGACAGGUUGACCUUGUCGUCUUUUAUUGACAUGGACAGAACAAAUGCGUCUGGCUCCAGGAGCGCAGCCCGGGCUGCGGAGGAGACGCCAGGAAUGGCUGGCUUCGGAUAAUAACUAGGCUCUCUUAAAUGGGGACUCCGACUACAAAUCGAUUUUAAAAAGCCUAUUAUUCGUGUUUAGUUGAGACUGAAAAAUGUGGAGUGCGUUUGGAAAUGGAUCAAGCGGGAAUGUUAGCAGGGCGAAAGGGUGGGAGUUUGUCCAGUGCUCGCGUCUAGAGAGGGGCGGCAGGAAGGUUCAGAGUCCCCGGGUCCGAUCUUUCCCGAGCAACCUUCUGGAGCAGUUCCCACCUGGACCCGCUGACGCAUCCGACGGACAAACCUCUCACCAAGAGCUACAUAGUCAGCACACGCGCAUUAAAAGGAGAUUUGAUGAACUGAAAAGGCGCUACGAUCAGGAUAGAGACGCGUGGAGGAUGGAGAAGGAAACGCUUUUGAGACAGUUUGCUGAUUUACAAGGUGGGGAAAACAGAAGGAUAUUGUUGGAUCUGAAGUGUGUUUUAGAGGAGGUCCAGUCAGGGGUGAAGCGCGAGGAAAGUAAACGGGGCGAGCUGGAGCUGCAGUACAUAAAGGAUCGCUGCGCCUGGCAACUGGAACGCGCAGAGCUGAAAAAGCGCAUUACUCAGCUGGAAGUCAAGGGAUGUAGCGUGAUAGCGGAGGCUGUUAAGAGUCCAGGCCAAGGGGAUACACUGAAACGGGAAAGAGAAGAACAGAAGAGGCUGCUGGCCGACACCCACAGUGCAGCCAUGGACCUUCGCUGCAGGCUGGAGAACAGCGAGAGGGGCUGGAUGAGGGAGAAAUCUGAGCUCCUGGAACGCUUUGAUUCGGAGAGGAAGGAGUGGGAGAACCAGCUCAUGGACAUGCAGAGGAAGAUCGAGGAGUUGUAUGAUGAUGUGAAGGCACAGCGUAAAGGAGAUCCUCUCAAACCAAUCACUGAUCCAGAAAACAGUUCGUGUUCGGCCAGCACUUUGUCCAGUGAUGCCCAGAGCAAUGACUAUUCGGAAGUUCUAACUCCCCAAAGCAACGACUCACUAAUUCAACCCCAUCGAAAUCCCAGUGGAUCCAAUAACCAGGUCAACAGGGAUCAAAUCGAGCUUUUAAAUCCUCAAGAUGCUGAGAAUUAUGAGCUUGGUAAAGAAGAGGCAAUCGACACUGCAGAGCUGGAAGAAAUUCUAGAAAGCUGUUUGAAAAUCAAAAAGAGGAACAAGUCCGGCUUCACUGGACAAGACUCACUUCUUAACCCUUUUCAAGGAUUUCAGAGCAUGGAAAUAAACUGUGGAAGUGAAAAAAAGAAGAACAGUACUGCUCUUAAUGCGGCCCUUAAAGAAAUUGCCCGUGUGAGUGAGGAGCUGUGUAGCUACCAAGAUGAGAUGAGGAAGUGGCCUGAUAUAAAGAGAAGCUGUUCCGAGUCAAUGUAUUUUCCAGAAGAAGUUGAUGUGGUUGAAAAAGUGAAGGACAAUUUGGAAAUGGAGGACACAGUCUUACACUUGAAAAACCUGAGUAAAGAGCUUAAAUCCCUUGAUGAGCAAUACUGGAUGAACUGGGAAGGUUUUAAACAGGAGGGAAAACAAACCCAAAGUGAUGCCAAGCCAUUGACGGUUCAAGAUCAGUGUGCCCCACCCAUCCCAGCUCGCAGUACAUCUUGGUAUCUGAGCAGUCCUUCAGUAGCAGAGUUAGAGUUCAGCAGUACAGAGCCCCUAUUGGUUAGAGAUUGCCAAAGACUGGGAGCAUAUCAAGCCAGAAAGUACAACAGUCCAGCAAUUGUACGAAAAUUUGAAGCAAUGCUUCAAGAGAAUGAGGGGAAAGUUCUUAUGGACUCUGAUGGAAAUGUGCCUGUUGAUUUCAAAUGUAAUAUCAGUUGUUGCCAGAGCCACUGGUCCUCUGAUGGCAGUAGAUUUGGCAGCAUCAAGUCGUCAAAAUAUGUACCUGUUAAGAGAUGUCUCUCCAAUAUUGAUGUUCCAACUGCAGCUACAGAGUGCAGUCUGAAUCAGUUGGAUCCAGAGGACAAAAGUUAUCUCAAGGGUUCAUCUUGUCCAAUGAAUCUGGAUCACAUGCCUGCAGACUCUGUGACAUCACUGGACAGUGUUUCAACAGCUCAUUACAGAAAUGAAAGACUUGAGGAGAAAACAGCAGAAUUCAACCGUACGCUCUUUCAAGCAGGCAUGGGUCUUCGGUGUGAUAAAGACAAUUCUUUGAAUGCAUCCCUUGAAUGUGGACUUGCUUGUGCUCCAGGUUUACCAGUCUUCAAAACAAAUGACACUUUAACCAACAGUUCAUCAAGGUGUACUGAGGACAAAAUUAAAGAUGCUAUGGUCUCAGAUCUUCCGGUGCAGUGCCCAAAAGAUGAAUUCUUAGACAUUAGCUCCCAAAAACCAUCACAGUUCGAAAGUGACUUUGUUUCUAAGUCUUCAUCUUUGCAGCAGGAUGUCAGUGUAAAGGAAUUACCCCUAGGCUUAUCAGAUGAUACAGGCAAAGAUUCGCCUUCUCUAAAGACAGCUUUUAUUCCCCCGACAAAGCAAGGCAAGGAACUUAAGCCUUUAUGGACUGAACACACCACAGCGCCAAGUGAUGGAGAAAAAAGCUUUGAACUGAGUGUAACUCCAGCACAGAAGAUGAUCCAUAUAGAGAGUUUUAGCAAAAUUCUGGAUGUUGGUACAGACCAACAUCAAGCGGACCCAAAAUCAAAACUGCCCAAACAGGCAAAGCAGGACACCAGAUCUCGGAUUUUAGAAGACAAUCCAUGGAAACCUUCUACGCUUGCUGCCUAUCCCCGCCCACUGGAGUCUAGGUCCAACUAUGGAGCUGUUGAGCGGAUUCUAAAAAGUUACAAGGAUCUGGAUAGAUGCCAGGACCAACAGCAGUCACAGCCUAAUCCAGGAAAGAAGGAAGACCUCAUGGAUCUCUUGAAAUUGCUUGACAGCCGACACGAUCCCAGAUCCAGUCAUAAACUAACAUACACACCGCACCACCAGGUCUUAGCUCACAAAGAAACACAUGUAAAAGUGCAGCAAGGCAAAGGCUCCUCUGUGACUAUCAAGAAGAGCUUUUCACGACCUGCAUGUCCUGCAAAGAGACGUUUGCCCUCACGUUGGGCUAGCCGUUCAUCCACCUCAUCAGCAUCUACUCCUUCACCACCACCAACAAUACCACCCACAGUCUUCACCCGGCAACAAACACUCACUUACUCCACUUAUCACACAGAGACAGUCAUCUGAAACGUGCAAGCCAUUAGGAUAACAUGCGGACCGCUAGAUAACUUUCAAACACUGAAUGCUGCCUUGUUCUUGCCUGAUUACCUGUGUAAAUACUAACGACUGUUCAACUGAUUUCUUCUGUGUUUACAUUUCUGUACAAAUGCCUUUUUUCAAACUGUUUUAUAUUUACAUUGACGUUCUUAGCAGAUGCUUUCUUACUAAUGUCAUUUAAAAUUGCAUAAAUCAUGUGAAUGUGCUAGUUUUUGUUCUCAUAAACCAGUUUCAGUUUGGUUUCUAUAGAUAUUUUAUAACUGCCAGUGUAAACCCGCUUCUAAUGUGGCCUCAUACAGGUAUAAGCGAGGUCUAAUGACUGUGAUUGAGAACAUGAAAGCCCCUUAGUGCUGCCUAUUUCACAUUAAUCUGUUUGUUAUACAUUGACCAACUUUAGCCAAAAGUAUUAUGUUAUUACAGAACCUAAUGCAUUCUAAACUCUGGUUAUGUGCUUAUCAGAUAUAAGACAUAUCAUUUAGGCCUUGUUAAAAAUAUCACAAAUAAUAAUGUAUUCAGCAUUUUUAGGAAUAAAUAAAAUAUUGAAACUCA